AUGAGUUCAAAACAUGUAAAUUCGAACAACAAAAGUAUAUCUGUUGAUAAUACAAAUCAAAAAUCUGUACCAUGUGCUGUUCCUCAUCGAUUAACAUCGUCACAUCAUAUUAGACAUCAUUCAUAUGAUACAACAUCGAAUACACUUGCUGUACCAAUCUUUCCAUCAUCUCGAUCAAAUCGAAAAGAAAAUAAUUUAAAUAAUACAAAUACAAAUACAAAUCCGCAUUCUCGUUUUUUACCAGCUCGUUCAUCACAUCGACAUACUUCUUCAUUUGCAUUAGAUCGAUCAUCAUUUACUGAUUUAAAUAGUAAUUCUUAUCAUCAACAUAAUUAUUCGGCAUCACAAGAAAAUUUACGAUUAACUUCGGAUGUUAAUCCAUCAUCAUUUACUUCAAUACCAAUAAAAAAUUCCAUACCAUCAAAGCUACCAUCAACUAUACCAUUAUCAUCAUUAUCUUCAAUUCCAUUAACAACAACAACGACGAAUUCAACAACAACAAAUUCAUUAACACAUUCUCUUCCCCAUUUAAACAAUAAUCUUCCCUCUUCAUCAAAUUCUUCAACUAUUCUCAAUCAUUUUAAUAUUCAUAAUGCAAAAUUAAUUUGUCUUUUACUUUUUUUUGCUUUACUUUUUUAUCAUGGUUCAUUACGUUAUAUAAAAGGUGCUACAUCAUGUCAUCGUUUAUUAAACGAAGGACGUAUUGAACGUUAUCAUGUAUGGCAACCAACUGGUUGCAUGAUACAUUGGUAUGAUUUACUUGAUUUUAAUCAAUGUACACGUUUAAUAACACAAUCAUCAUCAACAAUAGAUAAAAGUUUAUUAGCAACACGUAAAGCAUUUAAUAAUCGUAUUGACCCAGGAGAAUGGUUACGUACACGUAAACAAGAACAACAACGUUUAAAACAAGAAAAACAAGAUAACAGAAAAAUUAAUUUUUCAUAUACAUUUAUUGGUGAUGAACGUUUGUACAUGAUCUAUCGUACAUUUAUAAAUACAAUAAAAUAUCAUUCAAGCUUAUCAAGAAAAAAAACACGAACAAUCAAUAACAAUAAUAAUAAUAAUAAUAAUAAUAAUAAUAAUAAUAACAACAAUAAUAAUAAUAAAAAAGAUGAUAAUAAUAAACAACAUAAAUCAUACCAAUUUAUUUAUAAACAUGCAAAAAAUUUAACAUAUACAAAUGAAAAUUUUAUUUUAAAAUAUUAUUCAAUACAAACAUUUAAUGAUUAUAUAUAUAAUUUAUUAUAUUCAUGGACAAAUAAUAAUUCUAUAAGACCACAUGUACUUAUUAUUGGUCUUGGCUUAUAUGAUGCUUUACGUGAUAAUGCUAGUUUUGAUACAAUCAAAUAUUUUGAAGGUAACUUAACACGUAUAAAACAAAAUUUAUUAACAAAUUUAAGUUCAACAACAACAAUCUUUUGGUUUGGACAACCACAUAUAUCAUUAAAUGAACAUUUAUUUCAAUUUUUUCAACAUUCAUUAUAUCAACAAACAGCAUAUUUAAACGAAUUAAUACCUAAAUUAAAUUCAUAUAUUGAUCGUAUGAAUUCCAUAGCACGACAUAUUUUUUAUCAUACUAAUAUUUAUUGGCAUUCAUCAACAUUAUUAGAAGAAUAUUCAUCUAUAUCAAGUGAAAAUUCAUUUUUAUAUGAUGAUAAUAAUGAUGAAUUUUUUGAUACUAAUCGUAUUAAUGAUGAUAUUGAUGAUGAACCUACAAAUGAUAUUGAACGUGACGAUAUAACUCAAUCAUUAUCAUCAUCAUUAUCAUCAUCAACAUCAACAACAACAACAGCAACAAAUGAUUUAAUAACAAAUUUAUCGUCUAUAAUACAAUUUGAUUUUGAUGAUAAUUUAAAUAAUCAUAGUGAUAUUAUUUAUUAUUCAUAUUUAUUAUUAAAAAAAAAUCAUACUAUAUCAUCAACAUUAUUGAUUAAUAGUGGGAAAAUAUAUGAACUUUAUAAAUUAUCUUCAUUUACACGACAUACAUGCGUACAAAUAUUAUUAAAUGCAUUAUGUAAUCCACUACUACUACCUGAUGAUGGUACUUGUUGUGCACAAGUACCGCCAUUAACACGUUUACAAUUUUUAAUCAGUCUUUUAUUAGGUUGUUCAAUAACAUUUUUUAUCAUUUAUAUUGUUUAUCGUAUAAGAUCAGUAUUUAUAUUAAGACGUAAGAGUCGUGGUAAAUUAAAAUAUGGAAAACAUUCAAAUCAUAUUGAACAACCAAAGCAAUAUCAAGAUAAAAAUUCACAUACUGCCAAUGGACAUUGUCAUAUUAAUGGAGCAUUUAAUACAGAUAUUAAUGAAGAUGGUGAAGAACCUGAUCAACAGUUACUUACACCAACAAUGAACGGAGAUUGCCUAUCGACUUAUCCUCGUAAUUAUAAUUCAAAUACAACUUCAAAUCAAAAUCAUUCAUCAUUAUCGACUGGUUUAAGUCGUUGUAGAUUUUUAAUUCCAAAAUUUUUACGAAAUCUUUGUAAAAAAUCUCGUGAGCAUUUAUUGCCACCAUUAUUAUUAACAAAAUCAAUAGCAACACAAUCUUCGUUAUCAUCAUUAUCAAAUGGAAAUAAUAAUAAUAAUUCAUCAUAUCCAUCGAGAUUUUAUAAAAAACAAAAUUCUUUAUUACACUUUCCUUUAACGGAACCAAUAAUACUUCGUACUAGUGUUAAAUAUGCAUUUAUUCUUCUUUAUUUCUAUUUGGCUGACCGUACAGAUUUUUUAAUGAAAGAAAAUUCUCAUUUUUCUCGUAUUGCUUUUUUUUUACCACUAACAUAUAUUGGAAUAUUAGGAAUAUUUUUUCAUGAUAAACAUUUUCAUAAAACGACAUCAAAUCGUUCAUCACCAAAUCAAACACCACUGACAACAAGUCCUAAUUCAAAUACAAAUCCAAUAUUUUCUUCAAUACAUAAUAAUGAUUAUGAACAAAUUCCAUCACAUUCAGAUUCAAAUGAUGAAAAUAAUACAAUAACAAAUAAUAAAUUAAUAACAACAAAUGGAAAUAAUAAUAAUAAUAAUAACAGUUUUUUAAAUAAAGAACAAAUUAAUGAAAUGCGUGGUUGGAUGAUGGUUAUUUUAUUAGCAUAUCAAAUGACAGAUGCAUCAGGCAAAAGUCUUGUUUUAUCAAUGAGUAUACAAUUAUUAAUAAGUGCUUAUUUAUUUUUAUCAGCCUAUAGUCAUGUUCAUUAUUAUUGGACAACUGGUAAUUAUCAAUUUUUACCAUUUAUACAAAUGUUAUUUAAGUAUAAUUUUUUGACAAUAACAUUAUGUUUAUUAAUGAAUAGACAUUAUCAAUCAUAUUAUUAUCCACCAUUAAUAUCAUUUUAUUUUACAUUAAUGUAUGUUAUAUUAGCUUUUAUACCACCUAAAAUAUGUGCUGAAUCUGUUAAAGAAAAACCAAUACAUUUUAUAUAUUUAUUAUUUAAAUUACUUCUUAUGGGUAUUCUUGUAACAAUCUUAAGUAUGUCUGCAUAUUUAUUUGAAAAAAUUUUUACAUUUCGUUUAUGGAAUAAUUUAUUUACAACUUCUACAAUAACAUCAUCACUUGCUGCUUAUGUUCAACAAUUAGAUCAAUCUGAUUUUUCACAUAAUGGUCUUCAUCAAUUACAUACAUUAUUAAUUCAUGAUAAAAAUUCAUUAUAUUAUAAUGAAUAUAAUACAUUACUUGAUUACAUAUCAGGUAGUGGUCAAGGUAUUGUUGGUCCUGUAUCAAUGAAUGGUUUAUCAUUAAAUGAUAGACAAUAUUUAUUUUCAAAUAUUUAUCGUUAUAAUAUGAAUUCCUCCACACAUUUAUAUUAUGAUCGUAAUGGCACAAUAAAUGAUUGGUAUCAUCGUUGGAAUUUAGAUCGUUAUACAGUUUUAUAUGGAAUGUGCUUUGCUUUUUUAAUAUUAUUUAUUGAAAAUUAUGAUGCAUAUAAAACAUUAGGUAUCAAACGUAAACAAUAUCAACAAUUAACAUCAAAAUUAAAAACAAUAUUUUGUUUAUUAAGUUUAUUGGGUUUAAUUAUUUAUUUUAUUGUUUUAUUUUUAUGUUCAAAUAAAGCAAUAUGUGAUGAAAUACAUCCAUACAUUGUUAUAUUACCGAUCGUAAGUUAUAUUCUCCUACGAAAUAUUCCAACAUUUCUUCGUCAACAUUAUUCACCAUUUUUUUCAUGGUUCGGUAAUAUAUCAUUAGAAUUAUUUGUUACACAAUAUCAUAUAUGGCUUGUUGCUAAUGGUCAUGGUACAUUAACGAUUAUUCCGCGAAUGCCAACAUUAAAUUUAAUAAUAACAACAUUUAUAUUUAUAUGCUGUUGUCAUGAAUUACAUCGUAUAACAAAUAUUUUAACACCAGUUUUUGUACCAAAUGAUUGUAAAUGUUUUAUACGAAAUUGUCUGCUUUAUUUACUUAUCAUUAUUGUUUCAUCAUAUAUGUUCUCUUCAGUUUAA